AUGAGGUCUGCUUUAUUGCCUCUGCUGUGUCUGCUGAGCGGUUGGACAGCGGCAGCGGUCAGCACAGAUCCUCUCGAUCUUCGACUGCCACAUCUGGCUGGUGAACUCGACUCUGCAACAUCCAUCAAUGUUGGAGGGUCUAGCUCAGCGCAAAGCUCUUCAACUCCCUGCGAGGGGAACACUCCCCAGAACCGGCAGCAAUGGUGCGAGCACGACAUCCACACCGACUACACUACCACCAUCCCCGACGGCGCGACGCGCGAGUUCUGGUUCGAGCUCGACCAAGGCAUUCUAUCCCCGGAUGGUCGACCCAGAUGGGUGCUGGCCAUUAAUGGGUCGAUUCCGGGGCCGACCAUUGAAGUGAAUUGGGGCGACACGGUGAUCAUCCAUCUGCGCAACAACCUGCCGGCAUCAGUCUGCAACGGGACCAGCAUGCACUUCCACGGGAUUCGGCAGCUCUACACGAAUCCCAUGGACGGCGUGGUCUCUCUAACGCAAUGCCCCAUUGCCCCGGGUCACACCAUGACCUACCGAUGGAGAGCGACGCAGUAUGGUACGACCUGGUACCAUUCCCAUAUCGGGCUGCAGACGUGGGAAGGUGUGUUUGGGGGUAUUAUCAUCCACGGGCCAGCUAGCGCCAACUAUGACGAGGACAAGGGCGUUAUAUUGUUGAAUGAUUGGGAUGCCCGCACCGUUGACGAACUCUGGGACACCGCGCAGCGGAUCGGUGCUCCUACCGUCGACAGUGCGCUGAUCAACGGCACCAAUGUCUUUGGCGCCGACACAGACCAUAACCAGACCGGAUACCGCUUUAACACAUCGUUCGCUUCUGGCAAGAAGCAUCGCCUGCGUUUGGGUAAUGCCGCCUGCGACACGCAUUUCAAAUUCAGCAUCGACCACCAUGCGCUCACCGUCAUCGCGACGGAUCUCGUGCCGAUUAAGCCGUACACCACGAACGUCAUCGACAUUGCUAUCGGACAGCGCUACGAUGUCAUCGUGCACGCCAACCAGGCCGCCACAGCCGAGAAGUUCUGGCUGCGCGCCGUGCCACAAACGGCAUGCUCGCAGCACAGCAACGUCGACAACAUCCGCGGCAUCGUAUCGUACGACGGCGCCUCGUCGGGGAACUUGCCCAACACAACCGCGCACGCAGCCCGCAACAGCUGCGACGAUGAAGACGCCGUGCACCUCGUCCCGAUCGUCUCGUCGCGGCUGCAGCUCCGCACUGACGAGGAAUUCUUCUACAACGAAACACUGCCAGCAACGGCCAGCAAAGACGAGAACUCGUUCUACCGGUGGCAUCUGAACGGCACGUCGAUGCACCUGGACUGGGCCGAUCCGAUGUUAAUGCAAAUCAGCGACAGGGCACCAACAUCGAGAUCUUCCUUUCCUUCGUCAUCGUCGACAACAUUUGGCUCCGCAUCCGUCUCCAACACAAGAAGCGCCGUAAUCGCACUCCCACGCGCCCACGCCUGGGUGCUCAUCAUCAUCGAGACAACCCUCGCAGUCCCCCACCCCAUCCACCUGCACGGGCACGAUUUUCUCGUCGUAUCGCAAGGCACGGACCACUACCAGCCCCCCGCAGCAGCGCACGAGCUAGACCACGCCGCCAGCACCCUCCCCAAACGCGACACGGCCCUCCUCCCCGCGGCGGGUCAUCUGGUCCUGGCAUUCCGCACAGACAACCCGGGCGCAUGGCUGCUGCACUGCCAUAUCGGGUGGCACCUGGAGCAAGGGUUUGCGCUGCAGUUUGUCGAGCGCGAGCCUGAGACCCGCGCACUGCUCGACGCCGACUGGGCCGACGAGGCUCGUGUUCUGCGCGAGACUUGUCGCGUGUGGACGCGGUACUGGACGGGUCAGACGAUCUUGGAGACUGGGUCUGGAGUGUAA